GAGUUCAUUAGACUUGGAUUAUACUGCAUAAAUACGUCUACUAAAUGUAAAAUGAAAAAUUCAUGCACAUUCGCAUAGCAGCACUGUCUGUGGUGACAAACCUCAAGGCUCAAAAAUAAGAAAAAAAAAACUUCCCCAGACAGAGUUACCCGAUACCUAUUACGGUAAGCAUUAGUCGAGGUGCCCACACCAAUAUUGACAAAAAAUAACUUGUCAGUUUUAACAUAUAAAAAAUAAUUUUUUUUAUAUGUAUAUUUAAAGCUUAGCAUUAAUUAUUUAUUUCUCGAAUUAUUUUUCAAAACCCAUGCUAAAACACCAAUUAAUAUGGAAAUAUUAAACUGAUACGUGUUAAUUUUACUUGUAUUCCGUUCAAUUUUCACUAUUGAUUUAUUUUCGCUCACCAAACUGGAUAUUUUAGACGAGUAGACGUCUGUUUGACAUUUUAGCAAACACCUUGUAUGCAUUUUCACCGAUUGAAUUUGUUUCCCAUUCGCCUACUUAUUUAUCUGAUGAGGAUAAAGAGAGGAUUGAUGCAGAUUUGUUCAAGUAGAUCCUGGAAGGAGAAAUGAAAUAACAAUCAGUUUUUGGUCCUGUUGGUAUUCUAGAUUGUUCAAUGAUCAUAAAAGCACAAUCUCAGCAGUAGCUAUACAUGUUAAAAUCUUUAGUGUCACAUCUAGAAGAGUGCUGCUGCGAGGUGAUCAAAACAAAAUGAGAAGUGGACUAUAAUUGCAAAAUUUUCAGGGGUCCCUUCUAAGGUGACUCUGAGGUUAUGUUUCAAAUCUUCCAUUUCCCAUAUAGGCAUAAAUUGGCGUCUAUGUGUAUGCAAUCCAUAAAUUGGUAAACCUUGUGAUAGAAGUCAUGGUUGCAUCAGUUUUCUCCGAGAUUUUUCGUCGUCCAUGCAUUUCAGUUGAUAUUUUGUGGCUUCAAUCAGCGGCGGAUCCUACAUAUAUGUAAGUUGUGGGUGCAAGUUCAACAACCACCACCUCUGACUUGAACUAUGUGCAUUAAAUUUUGUAAAGCAUGUUAAUUGGAUGCAUGUGACCCAUGCCUCUAACUCGAAUUUAAUAUUUAGAGGUGCAACCACUUCUUUAAACUGUACAUCAACCUCGAAGUAUAUCCUGUGAUUUCUUGCUUAACCUUGAACACUCACUAAUUAUGAGUUUCAUGGAUUUUAGUCGAGAUACUGAACUUUAUUGGGUGCCUUUUGAUGGACCAAAUAUGUCUGCCACAAUACCUAACUAUUUUAGAAAGAAAAAGGGCUGUCCAAGAAUUGAAUAUUUGUUUGGUCCCUACAAGUAACGAAUUCUGUCAGCACUCAACAAGAAAGACUAAUCAUUAGCUUCCUUUCUUAUAUUGGCUCCUUUGUCAUCAAAACCAUAACAUGUCAGUUGGUAAACUGGACACCAUUAUACAAUAUCAUCCAUGCGCUCUCCUAUGGCCAUUGUAUUUGUGACUGGAAAUUUCACCUAUGAUAUUGGAUGCAUAAAUGGUUUUUUAAAUAUUUGUUUCUGAGAUUUUGGUGUUAUAAUCGAUUUUGUUCUUGUGUGCUAUAUUUGAGGCGGAUAUGGCUUGUAUUAGAGUAAACUUGAAACCUUGUAUACCAUUGUUAAACUGAAGCAUGUGUUAUUAGCUUCUUUAUAUUUUUAGAUUUUUGUUACGGGAUUUAGAGAAGUACGUUCAGAGCCAGAGCCAUUAUUUGAUGAUUGUAGGAUGAGGUGUACUUACUACAAAAUGAUACCAGUUAUUGUUACCUUACAUAUAACAUUUCAAGUUAUUUCGUAUCAUACAAAAUCUUAUAAACAACUUCCCUUUUUAGGAGUGGAAAGGAGGGACGUGAGGGUAUUCUAAUAUCCUAAACACAAUUAGUACAAUCACUUGUCUCUUUUUCUUUCCUAAUCAAGGUCAAGUACUUAUGCAUUCAGUUACAAAGGGUGGAUGGCACCAAAAAUAUCUAAGAACUAGUUUAGUAGUGAGCUCAAAUUUUGCAUGACCAUGAAGUCUCGCAAGUGCAAUUCUACAAGUAGUUAAACUUGUUCCUUGGUCUACUACUAAUGAUUUUCAAGAAAACAUGUAUAUUUAUCCCUUCUAUUGUUUCAUAUAGGAUAGCUAUGAACAGACUAAAUUACUAGAUUCUCUCGGAAUGCUAGCUAAGCUAAUCGUCUUAGUUCCCUUCAAUUUAAAUAAGCUUUUUGAUUGAUUCAGGCGCCGCCCCCUUCUCAGAAUUAGAACCCCAAUCCAAUUGUUCUGGAUGUUUCAUAUGCAUUUAUCUUUUUCCUAGUAUAUCCUUGUAAAGAAUCAUUUUGGAUUCUUCUGCAUAAAUUCUAUUAUAUGGAUCAGUUAAGUGGAUUUCAGAGUUUCUUCUCUAAUUGGAUACUUGGUUCUGACCAGAUACUAUGAAUGUGAUGAUUGUUUGUUUAUAUCUAAUAGUUGCUUAGAGUUAUAAAAGAUAUCCCUUCAUAUUCAAGUUUGACUACUGAGAACAUGAAAGGAAAAGGGAUAAAAAGAGGGGUAGACAAAGCAAGAGAACAAUCAGAAAAGAUUUGGUUAAGUUCAACUAUCCCUAAAAACAAUCAGAAAGUACUAUUACUCAUAUAAUUUUUGUUAGUACAGAUGCCUAAGAUAGGAAAUAGGAGGAAACAUAUUUAAUGGCGAAGGUAAGUGUUGACCUUUAAUUUAAGUUUCAAAAGAGUAACACUUUAUCUAUCUGAGUAGUAAUAGUACAUGCAGUAGUCCUAUAAUAUACAGUUCCUAAUUUGUCUGUUUCCAAAACAUCCAAGACAAAUUACAACGACUCUGGUUACUCUCAAGUGAGCAAAUGUGCUUAUGUGCUUAAGAGACAGUUACAUGUUUAAAUGUGGAUAAGAUAACCUUUCAGUCUCUUUGUCAUUUGUGAAGCAUGCAUAGGUGAAGUUUGUUCCUAUGCAUCUCUCUUAAAAGCUAAUGUAAGAAAACUAGGUGUCAGGUGGGAUUCUAUAUCUUUGAAAUACUGAAACCAACAACUAUCAUUUUUAAAUUUAGAGUUGAUGCUUAUGUGCAUUAAGAGACAGUUACGUGUUUAAAUGUGGAUAAGAAUACCUUUCAGUCUCUUUGUCAUUUGCGAAGCAUGCAUAGGUGAAGUUUGUUCCUAUGCAUCUCUCUUAAAAGCUAAUGUAAGAAAACUAGGUGUCAAGUGGGACAAUAUCCUUGAAAUACUGAACCAACAACUAUCAUUUUUAAAUUUUGAGUUGAUAAGUUGAACUAUACUUUGACCAUUAAUUCAAACAUGACUUGCUUGUUGCUGCAACAAGCACCAGAAACUUAAGAUUGAACUUUAAAAGCUAUCAACACUUUGAAUUGAUUUCCACAAAUAUGCAAAGUCAUCCUUCAAGCACAGGAUAUCUGUUUUAUGGCCUAAGUAUCAUUGCCAAUCACUUGUGAACAUACUUUUUAAUUGAGGCUGAAAAAGGCUGCCACAGUUGUCACAUCCGCUUGCAUAAUAUAUUCCACCAAAUGGAAGUUAAAAAGUUGAAAUAUGUGUUGCAUGCAUGUAUGUAUGUAUGAGAUAAAUAAUUUAACUACUAGAAAGAGACUUUUCAGAAAUUAACUUUAAUGAAGAGUUACAUGUCCUUUUAAGGUUUGAUUAACCAAGAAACAUAUUUAGCAUCUUCUAAAAAAAUGAUUCUUGAAUCCCAAUCACCAUUACAACUUCCUGUUUUGGAUAUCUCCCAACCAUCAAACUCAUCUACUCUAUCUUCUCUUGCUGCUGCCUGCAAAGAAUGGGGUUUCUUUCAUGUUAUCAAUCAUGGAAUCUCCAAUGAUCUUUACAAAAAAAUUAGGUGCCUCUCCAAACACCUUUUCAACCUCCCUUCUGAGACCAAACUAAAAGCAGGUCCUUACUCGUCUUUGAAAACUUAUACUCCUCAUUUCAUUGCAUCUCCAUUCUUUGAAAGCCUUAAAGUGUCUGGACCAGACUUCUCUGGCUCUGCUAAGGGUUCUGCAGAUACCCUUGCUAGUGAAGGGAAUUCAGAAUUCAGUGAAAUACUGCAAGAAUAUGGAGGCAAAAUGACAGAGUUAGCGAAAGUCAUCCAGAAAACUCUCUUGAUGAGUUUGGGAGAAGAACUUGGAAUGAAGUAUUAUGUCUCAGAAUUUGGUAGCUGCCAUGGAUACUUGAGGAUAAAUAACUACUCGCCCCCGGAUAGUUUAGAAAAGGAAGUUGAAGGCCUUGGUAUGCACACUGAUAUGAGCUGCAUAACAAUUGUCUAUCAAGAUGAAUUAGGUGGCCUCCAAGUAAGAUCAAAGGAUGGGAAGUGGGUGGAUAUUUUGCCAUGUGAAGGAACUCUUGUGGUAAAUAUUGGUGACAUGCUGCAAGCUUGGAGCAAUGACAAACUAAGAUCCUCUGAGCACCGUGUCAUUCUGAAGAAGCCGGUGAACCGCUUUUCUUUAGUUUUCUUUUGGUGCUUUGAGGAUGAGAAGGUGAUCUUGGCACCUGAUGAAGUAGUUGGUGAAGAAAAUUCAAGACUCUACAAGUCAUUUGUUUGCUCUGACUAUUUAAACUUUAGAGUGACAAAUGAGAAAGGGAAAUACUGGAUUUCAGUUGAACUCAUUAAAUAUAGGCUCCACCUACCUCUGGCCGCCCGAAAGAGCUCAAGAAGAUCCAGAAAAGUAAGCAAAUCCUACCUAAAGCUUUUCUUUUUGCUGAUAGGAUAUAAAGAAUGAAUUAAUCAUCUUUCCAAAGAUUACAGGACCAGAAGUUGGUUAUCAUUCUACCAUUUGGAACUUUGUCCUCAAGUGGUAAGUUAACACUGUAUAAACAUCUAUCUGUUUUAUAGCAUGAUGUUGAUAUGCACCAGAAAAAAAAAAAGAACCUUUACUGAAACUUAGAACAUAACCUGUAUAAGCAUUCUGUAAAAAGUCAUAUCAUAUGCUUUAGUAGUGGAUUAACUGUGUCGAUUCGACGAAUCAUGAGGGGGAUCUAGAAAGUAAAAGUAGAUUUUGUUUGUCUUAAUACUAUGGUAACAAGAUGUAGUUGCAUUACUAUUAUAAUGAAGCCAUAAAGUUGUGUACUGUUUUGUUAUGGUCAGCACAUUGUUAAUAAAAUACUCCAACUAGAAUGAUCAAUUUGUCACCAGUCAACUGUCCAAAAAGCUACUUUAAUCAAUUUGUUUAUUUUAAUAGGAUGAUGAUUGUUUCUCACAUGGGUUUGCUUAAGUAUCCUAAUGAAUUCAAAUACAAAAAUCACCAUUGAUUCUUUCCUUCUUUGGCUGGACUUUUGUGGGCUUUACCUUUUUUCCCAAAAGGUGUGUCUGAGACUAAUUUAGCUACCCCUUAGAUUUGGCUAUCUGUGAGAUUUCUUAUCUCCAAAAGACUAAGUUUUUUUCUGAUGUUGGAAGUGGAACUAUACUUUGAUGCAGUUUAAAUCUAUGUAUCUACAUUGUUGAUGACCUUUUUUUUUGUUGCAAAAAUCAAUUCUUUUUAAAUAAUUAAGGGAGUCAAAUGGCAUGUGUAUGUGUAGUUAUGGUAAUGUCAAUCAUAAUGGAAAUCUCAAAUCUAGAGGAAGACUUACAUUAUAUUUCAAGUAGGAAAUGUUGGAAGCAUGGGCAAAGUGAUGCUGGAGAAUGUCCAUGUUAGAAUCCAGUUGGAAUAGAUAAGCAUAUUUAUGUUCUUACUUGUAACAACCAUUUUGUUUUCUCAAUAUGUGUGGGUUUUAGUGCACUUCCAUUUUGUGGUCGGGCCCUUCCGCGGACCCUUUGUAUAUAUCAAAAGCUUUAGUGCA